AUGGAGUGGAACGCUUUAUUGGGUGCUGGGGAAGAAAAUGCAACCCGUAUGAAAAGAAUUACCCCAGCUACAAAGAUUUUUCUCACGAGCUCACAUGUACAUGCAGAUUACGGGCCAAAGUGUACAACAAAAUAUGAGACGGUGUACAGUACUGUCUACGAUACAGUGUACGAGAAACGAUGUUCUACAAUCGGAGAUCGACAAUGCAAAACCAUACUGAGCACAACAUAUGAGAAGAAAGUUGAAACACAAUGCCAUCCUUCGUAUGAAUCCAAGUGUAAAACAGUUUACAAGACCGGAUACAGGAAAUACUGUACAGUUGUACAGGAACUAGAGUGCAAAACUAUACAUAAGUCAAUAUCGAAAACUGUAUAUGAGAAAAAGUGUAAGACAGAUUACAAAGAGAGCUGUGAGUAUGUGGGUUACGGAUAUCAUAAAAAGAAGGAAUGUAAAAGUAUUCCUCAAAAGUACUGUGAGAAUGUGCCCAAAGAUAUUCAUUCCUCUAAACCUGAGAAAAAAUGUGAAAAGAUUCAUAAACAAAGAUGUCACGAAGUUCCCCAACAAGUUCCCGAGGAGAAAUGUUUUCAUGUUCCGAAGCAAACUUGUGAAAAUGUUCCAACAGAAAUACCUGUUGCAGUUCCAAAGGAAACCUGUUUUGAAGUACCGCGAAAACAUUGCAGUACAGUUCCUGUAAAAAAGCCCAGAAUAGUUCACAAAAAAGUUCCUAGAAAUACUUGCGAGUAUGUGAAGGAAAUCAAACAUGAAGAAGAAUAUGGUCAUGGAGGUUAUGGUCAUGGUGGUGGUGGAUAUGGCCAUGAUGAUCACAGUGGUGGAUAUGGCCAUGAUGAUCACAGUGGUGGAUAUGGCCAUGAUGAUCACAGUGGUGGAUAUGGCCAUGACGAUCAUGGUGGUGGAUAUGGCCAUGCCGAUCAUGGUGGUGGAUAUGGCCAUGAUGAUCAUGGUGGGGGUAAGGGUGGUGGAGUUUAUGUAGAUCAUCAUAAUAGAAAGGUUGAUAUUGUCAAGGAACCUGUUUAUGUUCAAGAUAAUCACAGUGGUGGAUAUAGUCAUGAUGAUCAUAGUGGGGGUAAGGGCGGUGGAGUUUAUGUAGAUCACCAGGAUGGUGGUGGAUAUGGCCAUGAUUAUCAUAGUAGUGGAUAUAGCCAUGACGAUCAUGGCGAGGGUUAUGGCCACGCCGAUCAUGGUGGUGAAUAUGAUCAUGAUGAUGGUGGGGGUAAGGGUGGUGGUGUUUAUGCAGAUCAUCAUGAUAGCAAGGUUGACAAGGUCAAGGAACCUGUUUAUGUUCCAGUAAGAAAACACAACUAUCCAAGUUAUAAAAAGAGUUCAACAGUUCCCGAAUACUUGAAAUAUCCUCCCAAAGCUGAAUCUCGGUUAGACUCGGAGUCCCUGAGUUAUAAUUUGGCAGAUAUUAAACAAGGUAAAAAUGUUGAGAAAAUACCAGCAGAGCAGAGUGCUUCACAAAAUGUAGUAAUUCCUGGAAAGGAUGCAGUAACGGAACCUGGUAUUUCUAGCCCUGCAGUAGAAAAUCAUAAACCUGGUAUUUCUAGCCCCGCAGUAGAAAAUCAUGAAAAGAAAACAGCUGAUAGUUCAAGUAAAUCAACAGAGAAGGUUGAACGAGGAAACAGUAUGAGUGAUCUCUUUAAAGGCAUACAUAGCUCACGCCGGAGAAAAUCUUACAGACCUGGACAUGAUUCACGCAAGGCUACAGUCGAUGUUCUUGAUGAUACUUCGUUUGAUGCAUUUACUCUGGACAAUGAUUCACAACAUUUUCUUUUUUCUCUUUCAAGUCAGGAGUAUCAUGGACUCUGGAGAUAAAUAAUUGAAAAAAAAAUUUAUUUUAAACUUUAUUAUACAUACAUUGACACGGUUAAAACCAUUAAAAA